AUGGCUAGUAACAAGGAAAACUCACAUGAUGUUUCUAAUAAUGAUGGAGAUGAAAUAGUUCAUGAUGUGCAAAAUGAAAUUACACGAGGAAUAACUAUUAUGAAGAGUAUCAUUCGUGUAAGAGAUAAAGGAAUAAAAUAUGACAUACAUUGGAAUCAAGAAAACCAACUAAUUAAUUCUAACGAUUCAAUGUUGGUAAGUUACAUUGGUUCCCUUGUAAGGAGGGAAAUUUUAAUCACUUAUGAUAAUUGGGGAAAUCGAGAGUUGAGACCCGCUAAAGACAAAAUAUGGAGUGAGAUAUAUGUACAAUAUGGGAUGUUAUUUAUUUUUGUUGACGAUUAUGUCUUUAAAUUAUUUAUACUGACACACUCUAUGUAUGUUUUUUUCGUUGAGGACUUUUAA